GGUGUAUCAAGCAAACUUACAGAUAAACAUCCAGAAAUAGAAAAGAAGACUCCUACCAUACAGUAAGAGAUUCUGAUUUAAGAUGAAGCUCCAAGUUAUAAUCUUUAUUUACUUAGGAGGAUCCAUAUUACAUUUUGUGAAAUGUUACAGCAGUGGUAAUUUUGAUCAUAUUCCAGUUAUAUGCCAGACUAUGGCAGUUGAUCACUACAACAUUCAGCCUCAGGAAACUGAACCGCCUUUUAAAGUUGAUCCAGAUAAUAUCACUAUUGGUCCUGAAGAUGUGGGAAAACCCAUUGAUGUAACACUGAACGCAGAUAAAGAUCAAACAUUCAAAGGUUUUAUGUUGGAGGCACGAAAACCAGGGGACACAACUCCUCAGGGGAUUUUUGUUUUGACCAACCCAGAUCUCACCAGACUUCAAAAAUGUAAUGGUGCAAAUGGUAAAGCGGUAACACAAACAGAUAACAGAAAAAAGACUGAAAUAAAAGUUAUAUGGAGUGCUUCUGAACGUGGAAUAUAUUUUUUCAGGGCUACAUUCGUUAAGGAUCUUAAUAUAUUCUGGCUCUUUAAAGAUGUCCCUUCCACAACCCUGGCACCACCAACAACAACUACCACCAUAAUAAUCUCAACAUCAACCUCAGAUGUCCCUUCCACAACCCUGGCACCACCAACAACAACUACCUCCAUAAUGAUCUCAACAUCAACCUCAGAUGUCCCUUCCACAACCCUGGCACCACCAACAACAACUACCUCCAUAAUGAUUUCAACAUCAACCUCAGAUGUCCCUUCCACAACCCUGGCACCACCAACAACUACCUCCAUAAUGAUUUCAACAUCAACCUCAGAUGUCCCUUCCACAACCCUGGCACCACCAACAACAACUACCUCCAUAAUGAUCUCAACAUCAACAUCAGACAGUAAACCUGCUCCAAAAGAAGGUUUGCCUGAAUUAUAUCUAUCUCAACAUUUGAUCAGUUAUCUUUCGCUUGUUGUGUGCAGUCCUUUCCUACUGAAAGCCAGUGUAUGUGUUUGGAUGAAGGUGACAUCAUUUUUGUCUUUGGUAUUUUCACUGUCUGCAUUCAUCCUCUCAGUGAUACACACCAAACAGGUUGUCGGCAAAAUUCUGGCAGGAGCUGCAGUGAGUCUGAACUUGGGCCAAACCAUUCUAAUAUUCUUUCUCUGUAGACCAAGCCAUAAAUUAAGGACGAUUUUCCUUUGGGUGCUCAAAGUGGUUGCAUUCAUAAACCUAUGUUUUACAAUUGCUGCGAUAUAUUUUGGUCUUGUGGAGCUCUACUCCAAAAACUUCUGCAUCUUGCCCUCCAUAUUGAUGGGAGUUUAUUUAGCAUGCCACUUGAUGUCAUUUGCAUUUUUUAUAUAUGGGAAUCUAAAACAAAAGAACCAACACCAAACUGCAUCAAGUAGACAGAUUUGUAAGGCUUCUUGCUGGUGUAGCUGCUUGGUCAUUUUUAGUUUAAUGAGUAUAGCAUUUACCAUAGCACUCGAAUUAGCAUUAUUUUUGUGUGAUUAAUACCUGAACAGUCCAUGAUAUUUUACUGUUACCCUUUUAUUUUGUUUAUUUUUUUUUUUGUGUGUUUAUGUGUUGUGCUGAAAAUGCAAAGAUCUAUACUAAUAAUAGUAACAGUACACUAUUAAUAGAUAUUAUUGCUUUUAUUGCUUAUUCUUUAUUAAAAUGCUUUUGUCUAAUUUUUGACUAUAGCAAUCCAGUUUGUUGCACAUACAAUCAGAUUUUGAUUGCAUGUCCAACAAACCUACAAUCUCAGAUGUUUAGCAAGAAUUAUACUAACUCACUCAUUGUACUAACUCUGUACUCACAAUGCCAAGUUAACUUUCUUAAAAGGUCAGUAAAAUAUCUAAAAUCA